AAAAUCUCCUGGCGAGAGAAAGAUCAAUCGAUCAUGGUUGGACCAGAAAGACCUCAAAUCGUUCUUUUCGGUUCUUCAAUUGUUCAAUAUAGCUUCACUGAUCGUGGUUGGGGUGCCACUCUCGCUGACCUCUACUCUCGCACGGCUGACAUCAUCCUUCGUGGGUAUGCUGGUUGGAAUUCUAGGUUUGCCUUGAAGGUUCUAGACCAAGUCUUCCCAAAGGAUGCUGUGAUACAACCAUCUUUGGUGAUUGUCUAUUUCGGUGGGAAUGAUUCAACGCAUCCUCAUCCAUCAGGUCUUGGCCCUCAUGUUCCUCUAUCUGAAUUCAUCGAAAACAUGAGCAAGAUUGGAGAACAUCUUUUGAGCCUUUCGGAUAAGACUCGUGUCAUUUUCCUCACUCCGCCGCCUAUGAAUGAGAAACAGAUCGAAGUAGUUUUUGGAGAUGUAAUAAGAGGCCGGAGUAAUGAGCUGUGCCGUCCAUAUGCAGAAGAGUUGUUAAAUCUAUGCAGAGAGAUUAAUGUGAAAGGUAUCGAUAUUUGGACUGCAAUACAGCAGCAAGAUGAUUGGUUGAACAGCUGCUUCACAGAUGGGAUCCAUUUCACAGCAAAGGCAAGCGAGGUUGUCGUUAAGGAGAUAUUGAAGGUAGUGCGAGAAGCGGAUUGGAAACCGAGUCUUUACUGGAAGUCGUUACCGGUUGAGUUUCCAUUUGAUUUUGAUGUUCCAAACUCUAUAAGUCUUUAUGACCUAGAGUUAACCAGAAACAACCAGUUUGAGCCACCACACACUAUUCUCAGAAUCACCGAAAUGGACUCAGCUCCUUCUCCAUCAUCGCCGGACCUUGAAUCAUCUCCUCCGGUAUUGGUCACAAUGAAUUCAACCUCAUCUUCUUCUGAUAAUAACGUCGAAGGAGAUGAUGUUGCUGCUGCUAAUCAUGGGAUUUUCAAUUGGAGAGAAUUUUCCUCGUGUUGGAGAGUCUCAGAGUCGAACUUGUACUGCUUUAGUUUGGCUCUUCUUGUCUGGUUCUUUGCUUCGUUUAUUCUGAUUGAGAAUCUUUACGGACCAAAAAGUGUCUGGCUUGGACCCAAUUCUUCCAUUCUUGUUGAACCAAGCUCCAUUUUUGUCAAAAGCAUUAAGGUUAAAGUGUUAGAUUAUUCUAAACCAGGACUUCAGCUAUAUGGGUUCUAUAGAACUCCUGCUCUGAAUUGUUUCGUCAAUUGGUCUGAAUCCCGAGUGUUACCUGUCUCAAACGAUUCUUACAAGGCAGGGACUUUGUUGAAUAUUACAUAUACCGUUAAACCACAAGGUUCUGCGGUUCAGCUUGUGGUCGACGAAGGACAUCAAGGCGACCCUCAGUCGUUUUUGAACGACCCUGCAUAUCGUUACAAAGUUUGGUCGUGGAAUCUAAUUGAGGGGAGUGGUAUGAUUGAAUUGGAGAUAAGAAAGUCUUCAAGUUAUUAUCUUGCUGUAGCUAACUUGAAGACGAAAGACGUAGAGGUGGAACUGAAUAUUGAUGUGAGGGCUGUCUUGUAUGAUACUAAACAAUCAUUCUACAACUGUGACUUCAGCAAUGGCGAGUGCACAUUCAAUGCAAUGUCCCUUGUUGGAAAUUCUCUUGUCGUAACUUCACCAGCAGUGAGUCAGGGAGUAUCCAUUGAAGAUGAAUGGUAUAUCAGGUUCUCAUAUCAACCUAGAGAGAUUGCAUAUGUAAUCGGCACAGGUGUUGUGAUUUGCUUCAUGUUGGUAGCUAUACAAUUCUGCAACAGGUUACAAUGCUAUGGUGGAGAGGGUCUAACCGAGAAUGAUUCAGCGAGAACACGUCUACUUGAAAACAAAGAUGACGAUGGUUCAAGCAUGGGUUCGUGUAAUGAUUCUUUCGCUAACGAUGAUGCUGAUUUAGAAGAGUUUAUGGGAAAUGAUGGUGAAGCAAGUAACCAAAGUAGACGUCUCUGUGCCAUUUGUUUUGAUACUCCAAGAGAUUGCUUUUUCCUCCCAUGUGGCCAUAGCGUCUCCUGUUAUGAAUGCGGAACAACGAUGCAAGAAGCUGAUGGGAGUUGUCCAAUCUGUAGAAGGAAAAUGAAGAAAGUGAAGCGAAUCUAUACAGUGCAAUGUAUAGUGAAUCAUUGUUUGUUGACUCACAUUUCGAAAUGGGAUCGAAACCGUGAACCGGUAAGUAGAGUACUGAUGCGCAGGAUGAGGAGAAAUGAGUUGGUAUCUCUUGGUGACUUGGGUACAAAUAUAGCUCCCUUCCAACACACACAACCAUCAUCUCCAAUGCCCAAUGGAUACAUUUCUGUGUCUUUCUCUUGAUAUCUUUAUUGGUGAUCCAACUUAUUACUUUUGUUCUUUAUUGAUUUCUCCCAUGAUUGUUAUCUUCUUCAGAAUCCAGAAAUGAAAAUGCGUAUCUUUG